CGCACCCGAGAGCCCCGGGCGAUGGGCGCCCCCGGGAGGCAGCGGCCGCGCUCCGCGAUGGGUUUCGGGGUGUGGGUGGUGAGGACAGGGGGGCGGCGCGAGGUGGGGAAGCCCUGCUCCCUCGGUGGGAAUUACCCAGCUCCCCGUCCCUCUCCCAGCGCCGCCGCGGCAACAUUUAUUGCGGGAGCAGGAAAUCGCUGGGCACUGAACCGGCGAUGCUGCUGCCCGGCGGCACGGCGCUCGCUUAGCCGCUGCCUCUCCUUGUUCCGCUCUUUCUUCUUCAUCUUCCCCCUCGUUUUCUCCUCUCUCUCUCUCCCUCCUCUCCCCCCCCCCCCCCUUUUUUUUUUUUUUUCAUUUUGGCUUCUAUUCAAAUGUGGGUCAGGGGUGAGCGGCUCCCAACGUCACAAGCUUGCAAGAUGGCGCUGAGAGGAAGGCUGUGAGAUGAGGAACAGGCUGGUAUAAACCGAGAGGACAGGAGAGGGAGAGGAGAAGGGAAGAAAAGCCGCUGCUCCCGAUGCACUAAGCAGCGUCCCUGCUGGUUCUCCAUUCUGCAUCCGUGCAGCCACGUUCUAUUGAUGGCCUGUUGUGAUUUCAAUGGAACAUCAUGGGAUGUACCUGGCACGUCGGGCAGCACUGGAUGGAGGUGCCUUUAGCCCAAUGUACCUGGCAUGGUGGUAAGGUGAAAGGAAGAGAAGGUGGAGAUGGAACUGCCAAAUCAUGCCAAACAACUGCUACUGCAGCUGAACCAGCAACGAGCCAAAGGUUUCCUCUGUGAUGUGAUCAUUGUGGUAGAAAAUGCCCUGUUUCGUGCCCAUAAGAACAUCCUGGCAGCCAGCAGCAUGUAUUUCAAAUCCCUUGUCCUGCAUGACAACCUGAUUAACUUAGACACGGACAUGGUGAACCCCACUGUGUUCCGGCAGAUCUUGGACUUUAUUUAUACUGGUAAGCUCUUAACGACUGACCAGCCCGGUGAACAGAACUUUAAUGCUCUCCUCACCGCAGCAAGCUACCUCCAACUGCACGACCUGGCAGCUCUCUGCAGAAAGAAGCUGAAGCGGAGUGGCAAGUCCUUUGCUGGCAAGGCUGGUGGCCUUGGUGUUGGGAGAUCUGCCAGGAGUCAGAGACUUUCCACUGCUUCAGUCAUCCAAGCUCGCUAUUCAGGGUCAAAUGAGGGUUUGAAGGGCUCACACUCAAAGGAGCUGUCAAAGGGAAAGCUUUCGGAUGAUGAGGUCUUCAUCAGCAGCUCCAACCAAGAGAACUGUCACUCCUUAAGCAGGGGAGCCGGUAAGAAUGGUGGCGGGGGCAGCAGUGCGAACGGGAGCACUGGCGACCAGGAGCUAGGCCUCGACCUGUCCAAAAAAAGCCCGUCACUCCCUGUUGCAGCCUCCCACGAUGACACGCAGCACAGUGAAAGCCAGCACGGCUCUCCCCAAUCUGCCUCAGCCCCCGCAGCCAACAGUGCCUCAUCGUUCGACGAGUCUGGACUCGGAGCCCCUCACAGCAUGGCGGACAGCAGCGACCCCAUGGAGAUGGAUCUGAGUGAAGAGUGCCAUCACUCAUUGACAGAGAGCGGCCAGCGCAAGGGCCUCCGGCACUCAUCUCGCAAGAAGGAGUGGAUCAAGAAAGACAAUGCUUUUGACCGAAAGGAGGGGAGCAAAGACAGGGACGAGGGUGAAGGGCUGCCCAAUGGUAUCCUGUUGGGGUCCUUGUCCAAGUCUGUGGAGCGGAGUCUGGCUGGGGCCUACGGUGCAGACCUACCCUACCCGUGUAAGGAGGAGGUGGAAAAUGGUAAGGAGAACAGCGACGACAGCGGCCAGAGUGAGAGCGAGAGCGGCGGGCAUACUAGUGCCAACUAUGUCUACCGGCAGGAGGGGUUUGAGCCAGUGGCCUACGGUGACAACCUGUAUGUCUGUAUCCCCUGUGGCAAAGGCUUCCCCAGCUCCGAGCAGCUUAAUGCCCAUGUGGAGACGCACACUGAGGAAGACCUUUUCAUCAAGGAGGAAGGCACGUAUGGUGGCAAGGAUGAAGCCGAGGAUUUGUCCAACCCCAACCAGUCCUACACUGCAGAGUCCCGGCCCUUCAAGUGUUCAGUGUGUGAGAAGAGCUACAAGGAUCCAGCCACACUGCGGCAGCAUGAGAAGACUCACUGGCUGACGCGGCCCUUCCCUUGCAACAUCUGCGGCAAGAUGUUCACGCAGCGGGGCACCAUGACACGGCACAUGCGCAGCCACUUAGGGCUCAAGCCCUUUGCUUGCGAGGAAUGCGGGAUGCGCUUUACCCGGCAGUACCGACUGACAGAGCAUAUGCGUGUCCACUCAGGAGAAAAACCUUACGAAUGUCAACUGUGUGGUGGAAAAUUCACCCAGCAGCGCAAUCUGAUCAGCCACCUGCGAAUGCAUACCUCUCCCACAUAAGCCAAAGACUCCAGAAUGAGCUUCGAGCCCAUCCGCAGUGAUUUACCUUUCUGUAGACUUGCUGCUUAAAAAAAACAAAGAAAAAGACAAACAAAAAAGGGGGCAACUCCCCAUACUCUGUUCAGUCAUGGGAGGCCUAAACAAAUGUAGCUUUAACGUAUAAAAAAAGAAGUUUCUUUUUUCUCCUUUUUUUAUAAAAAAGAAAGGUCCACAGCCAAGCUGAUGCAUUUAGUUCAACUCUCCUUCCAAAUCUUGGUGUUCUGGCCAGAAACACUAGUUCUUUUUGCGCACACCAACUUCAUUGCCAUAUUGAUUGUCUGGAGCAGGGAGGGGGACCAUGGGGAACCUCCGGUCUUUGCUCCCCGCUCCAGCCUCUUACCUUUGUGUUACUGUCCCCUACUCCUCUCUUAAAACCAAACUCAGUAGGGGCAUUUCUUGCCAUAAAAAGAAAAUUUAAGUACACCCUUUCAGUGGCCUGACUAGCUGUGAAAUAACAUAGCGUUGCAUUCAGGAGCACAGAAGCUGUGUCUGUGGACCAUCUCACAGGGUUGGCAGCCCCUUCAGAUACUUUGGGAAAGCCACAGCCAUGGUGGAACCCACCUUUCCCUUGGGCUGGCACCAGUGGGGAGAGCAGCCAACCUCAGUGUGCACCAGCCGGCACGCUUCACUUAACGACACGGCGAUGCCGCCUCACCAUCCCUCCUGCUUUUGGUUUUGAUCUUUAUCCUCGGCACACAUAACCACAUGCCACCUUUUCCCACAAAACACACAAACCUCUUCUGCCUUACCCAUGACUGAACAGGGAUGGAUGCCCUGGGAAUUUCUUUCAGUGAGCAGGGGGUCGUCUUUACUUUUCUAGUAGUUUCAUAUGAAUAUUCUUUGCUUAGAGGUACUUGUUUUAUUAAAGGAGAAACCAGUGUAACGUUUAUGUGAAUGUUUGAACUGGAAGGUCUGAGGUUAAUUCUAGAGUGGGGGGUGGGGAAGGGGUUUGAUGUAGGUUGGACUUGCUACAAGUUCCUUAGGUACUUUUUUAUUAUUUUUUAUUUUAUUUUUUGUGUGUGUGUAUGUUUUUAGCUUUCCUCCCUCACUAAAGAGCAGGUCUGUGUGGACAGGCUUGUUACCUUUGCUACCUCUUGAAUUCAUGAGAACAAUAAGAUGGUUAGUGAAAGAUUAGGCAUUUUUGUUUUCUCUUAUUGUAAGUAAUUAAAUGUAUAAAAGUAGAAGAAGCUAAAUUAAAGUUAAGGGAUUUUUACCACCCCGUCCUUCCAUCAAAAGUCAGCUAGAGAAAUGUUAAAGCAAAGCUUGGCCAAAGACAAAGCAAAAAAUACAGUGAGCCAGAGGCUGUGCUGGCUGCUUGGACUGGCUCAUUCGCAGCCUCUUGGCUGUUUGUAGUCACUUUUAGAUAAAAGAAGAAAACUUCUCUGAGCUUUUUGGGCCCUUUCCAGCUUUGUUUAGUGAAUCUGGAUACUAUGGGGAGGGGAAAAUGUCCCCCUCAUCUUCCGCUCCCCCAGCACAUCUGGGUCAGUCUGUGAACACCUGGCAGGACAGAGGGUGAGGGCAUAACAGCCUAUAAUUUACUAGAAUCCAGAGUGCAAUAAGGUGGGGGAGAGGAGGAAAAAGCAAACCAAAGUGUUUCAUAUCCUCCCUUUUAGACAAUUUAACACACGCACACAAAAAAAAAAAAAAAAAAAGAAAAAUGAAAAUAAAAAGAAACAAAAUGUUCUUACAACAUCUGCAUAAGAUAUCACAGCCAACAGCUGCUAUUGGUUUAGGAGAGAAGAGAGAGAACUUAGCCCACCAAUUCUUGGCCCCCUUGACUUUGUUGGCGUGACCUUGUGGAAAACUAUGGCUUAUUUCAAGCCUCCCGUGACUUGUGGUGGUAAAAAUUCACAGCCAGUAGAGCCAUCCCUUCUCAACUGAGUAAAGUUUACACUUGUGUUUUUUUCAUUUGUUUGUUUUUUUCCCCCAUUCAAACCAGUUUAGUCUCCAUGCGUAAGGUUUACCAAACCUCACGCUUUGUCUUUUUUAAGAAAACAAAACCAAUUUUUUUAAGUUUUGACCAAAAGAGAAAAAAGAAAAAAAAAAGAAAAAAGUGAGCAUGCUUGACUAAAACCAAGAACUAUAAAAGCUUCAUUUUCUAUUGGGUUUUUUUUUGUUUGUUUUUUGGGUUUUCGUUUUGGUAAGGUAGACUAGUCCAUAAGGAGAUUUUGGGUCAAUUAAAUGAACUGAGGAAACUGGAAUCCAGGCUGCAAGCAAUAGACAACCAGAGGCGCUGCACCUUGGCCUGGUGUCAUGUACAGGGAACACACUCGCCCCUCUUGCCUGCGCUCCAGGGUGCUCCUCCCGGUGCCGCUGACUGCUUGCUCCUGGAUGCCUGUGAGCUGCAAAGCGCGAGGGGGCUGCAGGGACUUUUGGGUUUUCUAGUUAUGCUGAGAUGCGCUGUUUUCUUUUGGGGGCAUUAGGUGGGGUUUUAGUGUCUUUAGCACUUCCCCAUUUUGAAUAUGUAUUGAAUUCUCCUCUCCUUGAUUCCUUGCCAACCCUCCUGAGAACACCCCUGAAGACAGGGAAGGCCUUGCCAUCGACCUUAUUCUGUGAGCAAGGCUCAGCAGGGCCCAACUGUGCAAGAUCAGUGUCCAGGCACCUCACCUUCCCCCUAAGCCAUCCCAAAGCAGGCUGAAUCCCGCACUGGCUUAGCUGCAGCCGGAGCUGGCUCCCCGUGCUGCUGGCUGGCUGAGGACCCACCAAGUCCAGAUUUCCAUAGAAUGGUUUGGGUUGGAAGAGACCUUUAAAGCCCACCUAGUUCCAACCUCCCUGACGUGGGCAGGGACACCUUCCACUGGAUCAGGUUGCUCAAAAUUUUCACAAGGAUCUUCAGCUCACCUAAUGAGAAAGGCAGGGCUGGGGAUAAGCCCUGUCUGGGUGUGGGUUUUUCCUGCUGACUUGUGGCCAUCGCUGCUGUGGCCAGUAUCCAGUGCUGGAAACCACAGGCAGGGGCUGUGCCAAAGCCACCCUUGGGACAGCAUCUCAAGCUGUGCCCGACUGAGCCAGGCCAGGGAGCAGCCAUUAGCUCCUCAGCAGGCAAACAACUGGGUCCCCUCGCUGGAUUCCAUCUUACCGGCGUGUGCAGGUGAUGCAGCUGCUCCCCUACCCCCAGUCAUUUGUUUUUACGCCUCCAGAAUCAUGUUGAAGUUUCAAGACCCAAUGCUAUUUUUAAAAAAUCUUUUUUUGGAGCAUCAUUUUUUUUUUUAAUUUGUCCCCCCCCAGCACUUAAACAAUACGACAUAAAGUCUGUGUACAGCGAGAGUAUUGUACAAAAGGAAAUUCUGUUCUUUUUUUCAAGUAGCUGUGUAAAGUUGUGUUCCAUAAAUUUGAGUAUAAACAACAUUUUCCAAAUUGUGACAGUAAUAAUGAAUAACUAGUAAUACUCAAAACUUCAGGGACUGUUUCAGGCCUGUCUGGGGCCGAAACACUCAACUGCAUUUGUACGACAUAGUAUUGUAUCAAACAUUUUUCUGUAUUUUAAUGAGAAAGCAAAACACUAGUUUCAUAUUUAAGAUUUUAAGGAUUUUAGGGUCGGGGGGAGGGAGUUGCAUUUUUGUUGUUUUUUUUUUAAUUUUUUUUUUUUUUUAAUACACAAAGAGCCUCAAGAGGAAUAAAACCAUUUAAAAACAAACAAAAAGAAAAAAAAAAAAGAGGCCAGGCAGCUUAAGUAUACGCUUUAGUCACUUAGUUCCAGAAUGUUUUCGGAGUAACAGGAAAAAAAAAAAGAUAAAAUAGCAAAAGUUGUAUAAAAGAAUAAAGAAGCUCAUACCCAAAUUCACAAAACUAUUUUUUAAACCAAAGCACAUUUGAAUGAGUAUGGAACCUCACUUGGCUCAGAAAAGUACUAAUAUAUUUAUCUCAUUGUUUACAUAAACUUUUACAGUUUCAGACCUCAACAGAUCUAGGGGCCAGUCAAAAUUAAUCUUUGCUUUUUCCAUUGGUUUGUCCCAGGCGGCCACGCAGCAUUCCCUAGCUUGGGAGGGGAGUGCGGCGUCCCAGCCGGCAUUCCAGCACUGCUCGGGGAGGGCGGGGAGAGGGAGGGCAACUACAAAUAUGGCAUGGGGAUAUUGCUUUUUUUGUCUUCAACUCGAGAGAGAUGUUGCUGGGAGUGAGACCCAGGCACUAUCACGGAGGCGUACCAGCCUACCUCUUCCUCAGAGGAGUUUUGAGGUUGCAGAGAGGGCCCAGAGAGAUGUGAGAAGUUCUAGAGACAGAGAAGGACGUCAUCAGAGGACGGUGGGAGCUGCUGUACCCAGCACAUCUCCUUAACUCCAGCCAUGGGGAGCCAGGCUGAGCUGUCUUCCAGUCCCCCAAUGCAAAACCUCCCAACAACAAAUUCCUGGCAAAACCCCCAAAACCCAGCUCUGUGCGUUUGGAGGAGUUCACAGGAGCCCCAAAGAUCACAGAAGACACCAAAGAGUUAUUGACUUGCAGCUUCUGUGAGGCUUUGUGGCUGCUGGCGUGGAAGAGCUGGCAGAAGCCCGCAUGGUCCCUCUGGGCUGGCGGGUCACCCUGUGCUGCCUCGGGCGGCUGUCAUGGUCUGAGGCGAGGGCCCCACUGCCUCCUCUGCGGGGCCCAGCUGUGCCCUGCAGAUCAUCCCAGCCACCUUUGCAUUAAACACCUGGAUGGAUUCACUCCAGACCUUAGAGUCGCAUGCAAGGAGCCCAACCAAAACUCUUAAGGCUUUCAAGGUGGAAACCUAAUCUUGAUUUGCAUGUUAGACCACUCUAAAGAUGACCAGUGAAGGUGGUUUGCUAAAAUACCGCUGAAGCCAAAAAUAAAAGUUUAAUAAAAAGCUUCCCACCAUUAGUGUUGACCCUUUGUAGCUUUUACCUUCUACACCAAAGCCACCUCAAGCAUUUGAAGGGGGGGCUGAUGGAAAACGAAAUAUUAAUUUUGCCUGGUCUUAAUAUCUAACAAAGAUGGUGCAAACACUAUUUGACAGUGUUGUUUUUGUAUCAAUAUGUAUGUGCAGUAAUGAAUGUAUUUAUUUCUCAGAUUCUGUAUGCACAGUUUUGCAAUGUAAUUCAGAAAGUUGCAAACACAAAGAUGUGUCCGCAGGGUCUUCUCUACAGGAUUUCAAAAAAAUGAAAAAAAAAAAAUAAAAAAAAAGAAUCUCAGAGACUCUCAGCAUAGCCAUAAACCAUAACCUGUGAAGACAAUACAAAGACUGGACUUUUGUAGCUUUGCAUAGAAGAGGACUUUAUGUUUUGCUGUAUUUAAAUGUUUCCAUUUACAUUGUCACUCUUAAGAUUCCUGUUUUGGUUUUUGUUUUUUUUUCCUCUCUCUUGUGUGUGUGGAAGCAUUGUUUUCAAGCAGUGCAGGUUCAAAGUCUGGGUUAGCAGUAUUUUACCAUGUCGCUUCAGUUCUGAAAAGCAGGAGCAUGGGUCUUGGCCAAGGAAACAUCCAGCGCCCUCAGUGAAACUAAAUGAAUUUGGAGGUGACUGCUGGCAAAAUUCAGAGAAGGUAUAAGUCAUCAGAGGGGCAGUUGUGCGCUUCCGAUUGCAGCUUGUGACUGAGAGAAGUCUGUAGUCCUGCCUGAAGGACAGGAUGUGGCUCUUUUGCUCAAGUUCCCCUUGUCCCUCAUUCCCUGUUUACUGUGGUAGCAAUAAGGAUCUCAGUUGUGGGGAGUCGAUGCCUGAGAUAGCUUGAGGAAGCUGCGUGCCAAACCCAAUGGCCUCUGUGCCAUCCUGUGACGGAAGCGUCAGAUUCCCUGUAGUGCAAGGUGGUUUGAGUCCCUGGAAAAAGCUGCACUUUAUAAAGCCUCUUGUUCCAGUAUUGGUGGAGUUUGCAGUUACAGACCUGCUACAGCCUUAAAAACUAGCAUGAAGAAAGGAUGCUUGUUAAUUUCUGGAUAUUUGCCAAAUUCAGAACCCUUUCCAAUCAAUCAGCUGUGCUGGAGUUAAGGGAAAAACAAAUAAAAUACAAAGACACAAAACCUCCCUACAUUUUAAAUGGGUUUGAGAGGUUCUAGACAGUGAACAGCAGAAAUGCUCAUCCUUGAGAUGGCAUGUUUGAAUAAACAUUUGUUUAAGCAAGAGUUUAAAAUCUAAAUGAACUCUGACCUGUAAUUCUGGAAUAAUUAAAUAGACUUCUAGCAUUUUUUCUUAGAUUUUGUUUAAACUUAAUGAUUUGUCUCAACAUCAACAAAGCCUCUCCAUUUAUUGUAACCCCCUGUUUUCCAUAAACUCACUCUUGCAGUUAAGAACUGGCCAUAUUCUUGAAAAUUUGCAGGUUGCUUUCAGUAGCUGAAAGUAGCUUGUUGUGCUGUUUUAAGUCCUAUGGUACUUUAUUGUCCUGAUUUUAGUGCAAGAGACAAGCAGGCAAGCAGUAGCUGAUUCUCAGCCCCCUUUUCCUCCUUGUAUUUUGCAUUUUUUCAGCGUAGAGUAAAAAAAUUUCAUCUUUGAUGCUUUCCCACUAGACUACUAAAUUUGCUGCUUUCCUUGUAAAAGGAAAAGAUGAGGGAUCCCUCGUGAGGCAAUUCCAGCUCUGCUGGCCCUCCUAGUCACAAAGGUUUCUUCGUUUCAGCCCUCAGUUCCUCUCCGUGCCACAACGGAAUUGCUAUUUUUUUCUGUUUUCCAUGUUUUAACUAACAGGACUCAAAAAUACUGAAAUAUAACUUCAGAGCUAGAAAUGCAUUUUCUGUUCAGUUGUCAUCUAUCACCAUCCUCUUCUUCCCCAAUUUUCUGAAGCAUUCUGAAGCCCAGCAUUGAACACGCAGGGAUCAAUGGAUCAGUGUUUUGUGACCAGAGCACACCCCGUGGGAUGCAAUAGGGAAGGUCUAAACCAUACUCUAUGCUACUUUUGUUGGUGGUUCAGGGACACGCUUCAGAGUGCUCUCGUUCCCUGAGGAGUGGGACAUGGUUUAAACUUCCUCAUUCCCAAGUUAUCAAUCAAAGCACCAAGCACAACUGCUGCUCCAACUUCUGCAGGGGUUUUGACUGGCCGGGGAUAAUUUUUCUGUGAAGAGAGGCCCUUGUUCUGGCUGGUGGGAUAUUGUUCCCUGUUUUAUUUAAAUAUUUUAAAUACAACUGAACAUAGGACGUUGCAUCUCUCUCCAUCUCUCUUUUAAUUUUAAGCCUUAACGAUCAGUCAGUCUAGGAGCCCUGGAUGUUUCCUGGGGAGGGCAACCGAAAGGCCGACAUUCCUGCUGCAAUGUUCUGUUCAUUUCCUUCAAGAGCUUGAAUUCAGGUCAGAGCCACACGGAGUUGUGGCUUCAACUCAAGUGUCAUAUAAAAAGUUACAGAAAUUAUAAUAUGAUCUCAGCAUUCAGAAAUUUGCAGUCUUAAUGUACAGUGAUGAGAAACUGUUAUUUUAUGAUCUUUUCAUUAAAAGCUUGAUUGAAAAAUUACAUCUUUUGCUCUAGAGUUCACCUUGUUGCUAUAGCAGACUCUCUCCACGUUUUCUCCUUCUUCACUUAUUCUUGCCCAGGGAUCCAAACCAGCCACUUCACAAGGCAGACCUCCCCACAGCCUAAAGAGCCGCUCACAACUUCUCACUUACUCACCUGUGCACUUUGCUCAUAAGUCAAUAAC